UAAGAGGUGUCAAGAAUAUUUUAUUUUAUCAAAUAACCAAUGAAAAUGUCGAAGUAAACAAAGUUCCCGCGACUCCUGAAAAAGCAAAUGUUGUGAAUAUUUAGGGACGGAGGGAGUAUAUGGCUCCUCUUUGCCCAUGGUUUCUCUAUAUAUAUAUUAAGAGUGUUAAUUUAUUUGGUAUUUAUAAUAUAUAAUAAAAAAGAGUAAUGUUUUGAAUGAAUAUAUAUAUGAAGAACCAUGGGAAGGGCGCCAGGUUGUUGUGAUAAAAAAGGGGUGAAGAAGGGGCCAUGGACUCCAGAAGAAGAUAUCAUUUUGGUUUCAUACAUCCAAAAGCAUGGCCCUGGCAACUGGAGACUUGUUCCUACCAAUACUGGGUUGCAGAGGUGCAGCAAAAGCUGCAGGCUGAGAUGGACAAACUAUCUGCGCCCAGGGAUAAAGCGCGGCAAUUUUACGGAUCAAGAAGAGAAGAUGAUCUUUCAUCUCCAAGCUCUUCUUGGCAAUAGAUGGGCAGCCAUAGCUUUUUACCUUCCCCAGAGGACAGACAACGAUAUAAAGAAUUACUGGAACACUCACCUGAAGAAGAAGCUCAAGACCACACUCCAAGUCCAUGACGAUGAUAAUGGACAACAACAUGGUCAUAAUUCAACAUCAUCUUCUAAAGGGCAAUGGGAGAGAAGGCUCCAAACCGAUAUCCAAAUGGCCAAACGAGCCCUUAGUGAGGCCUUAUCAAUCGAUGACAAAAAAUCAUCAAUUGGCGAACCCAUCCAAGUGGCGAAUAAUAAUAAUAAUACGUUCGAUUGGGCCCCAAUGGCUCAACCAAACACUACUUAUGCAACCAGUGAAGAAAACAUAGCCAGGCUACUUCGGAGCUGGACAACGACAAAGACAACAAUGACCAAUAAUUCCCAAAAGCCAUCACCAAAAGCCGCUUCUUCUUUGGAGCUCAUUGAAAUUUUGAACUUUGAUCAAUCCAUUUUCAACCAAAACUAUGAGAUCGAAAGAAUGUUCAGUUCCACACAACAAAGUAUGGCUCCCCAAAUUGAAAAUAGUUUUGGGAGUCAAGUUCCGUUGGCGGUCAUUGAGAAAUGGUUGCUAGAUGAUGCUAGUAAUAAUAAUUUACAGGCACAUUAUAUGUCUACUCUAAAUUCCAUCUAAAGUUAAUGUUGGUGGAACUUUUAAUUUUGCUACAUUAAAUAUGAUGGGUUAUGGAAUUGGCAUGCUUAUUAUUAUUAUGUGUAUGUAUAAUUUGUUAAGUUUUAUGUACCAAUUUGCAUUGUACCUUAGCUUGACUUCCAAAACAGAUAAUUAAUAAAUUGUACCGAAACCUAGAAACAUUUAAAUAUAAAUAAAUUUACUACUAAUGA